AUGCACUCGGAGGAAACCGCCAACCGCCAGAUCUGCUACGUCAGCAAACAGAUGCCUGCGCUGACCAGCAUUGCGUUGGAUGAUGGGGGAGAAGGUGGGCCAACCUACCCACCCAGAGAGUGGGAGUUUUGUCACAGACCGGUAUCCGGCAAACCGCUGUCCCACAAACCGCUAUCCUACAAACCGCUGUCCCACAAACCGCUAUCCUACAAACCGCUGUCCCACAAACCGCUAUCCUACAAACCGCUGUCCCACAAACCAGUAUCCCACAAACCAAUGUCCCACAAACCGGUAUCUGGCAAACCGGUAUCCCACAAACUGAUGUCCCACAAACCGGUAUCCUACAAACCGCUGUCCCACAAACCGCUAUCCUACAAACCGCUGUCCCACAAACCAGUAUCCCACAAACCAAUGUCCCACAAACCGGUAUCUGGCAAACCGGUAUCCCACAAACUGAUGUCCCACAAACCGGUAUCCUACAAACCGCUGUCCCACAAACCGCUGUCCCACAAACCAGUAUCCCACAAACUGAUGUCCCACAAACCGGUAUCCUACAAACCGCUGUCCCACAAACCGCUAUCCUACAAACCGCUGUCCCACAAACCGGUAUCCCACAAACUGAUGUCCCACAAACCGGUAUCCUACAAACCGCUGUCCCACAAACCGCUAUCCUACAAACCGCUGUCCCACAAACCGGUAUCCCACAAACCGAUGUCCCACAAACCGGUAUCCCACAAACCGGUAUCCCACAAACCGAUGUCCCACAAACCGGUAUCCCACAAACCGGUAUCCCACAAACCGAUGUCCCACAAACCGGUAUCCCGCAAACUGAUGUUCCACAAACCGCAGACCAAAAAGAGCAGAGACCAUGCUAGUAUUAACCUGCUUAGCUGGUAG